UACUGUAGUUUAAACCAUGAGAUUUUAUCUAUUGGUUAUGUAGUAUUUAUUAUACAAUCGUUUGAAUUUGAACAGUCCAUGUGACUUUAAAGGAACAAAACGAUGGCUUAUAGUUCAAAAUUGGUUUUAAUAUUAGGCCUAUUCGUACUUAAAUGUGCACAUGGAGACAGCACGUGCUCGGAUGUCGACAGUCAAGCAUGCGCAUUGAUGGAAAAGAGCAAACCGGACCUUUGUAAUUCUAGCAUUGGCGAAACAGCAUGCCAAAGAUAUUGUGGAAUGUGCCCUCUUGAAUGUUUCACGUGCCAAGAUCUCGUGCAAGAUAUGUCACAAUGCAUAAAUGUAACUACAUGUGAACCAAACCAGACUUGCUACACCGCGGAGAUUUUCGACUUUGAUCGUAGCCAUGGUUUCGCUGGAGGAUGUAUAUCGAAAGAGAUGUGUAUCCCACAUAGAGGAGAGUUGUUUGGCAGGAGCUCGAGCGCUGUUCAGACACAAUGUUGUGAUACAGACAGGUGUAAUGGGCCAUCUACAACAACAAAAACAACAACAACCACCACCACCACCACGUAUUCCAACUACGACUAGGCCUACAACAACUAAACCGUCCACGCAUGCGCAUAGCGGUUAUUGCGUUGACGCGCUCCCGCAGCUGUGUCAAAGCCAUGCUAAUUUUGCGUGCGUCGCUUUUGGUCCUGAAUGUAGAUUCACAUGUGGAAAAUGCUAAAUGCGUGAAGAAUAAAGAUAAAAUGUCUUUUAAUAUGUCACAUUUCUUCAUUAUUUAUAUAAAACAAUAAAAAUGAAAC